ACCUAUGGCAAGCACAUGUUCCUUAUGAUGCCCGCAAUGAAUGUUAGCUAAUCACACUUGCGGAAUAAGGAAGAGCAAAACCAGAUGCCUUGUGCUUAUACAAUUAUAUUUUAAUUCCGCUACUACCAUCUCGUGCACUUUUUUCUCGCCAAGAGACCGCUGUAGGUAUUUCAAAAAUGGUCUCCAGCUUACCUUGAUUUCUCAGUCCUGUGGCUUAUUUAGUACUGUAUUGGCAAUUGCUGGAGAAGAUUUUUCAAUUGUUGCUUCUGACACUCGACUGAGCGAGGGCUUUUCCAUUCACACCCGGGACAGCCCCAAAUGUUACAAAUUAACAGAUAAAACAGUCAUUGGAUGCAGCGGUUUUCAUGGAGACUGCCUCACUCUGACAAAGAUUAUUGAAGCAAGACUAAAGAUGUAUAAGCAUUCCAAUAAUAAGGCCAUGACAACAGGGGCCAUUGCCGCAAUGCUGUCCACCAUCCUGUACUCCAGGCGCUUCUUUCCCUACUACGUUUACAACAUCAUCGGGGGACUCGAUGAAGAAGGGAAGGGCGCUGUGUACAGCUUCGACCCCGUGGGCUCCUACCAGAGAGACUCCUUCAAGGCUGGAGGCUCAGCAAGUGCCAUGCUGCAGCCCUUGCUUGACAACCAGGUUGGCUUCAAGAACAUGCAGAACGUGGAACAUGUCCCACUCUCUUUGGACAGAGCCAUGCGACUGGUGAAAGAUGUCUUCAUUUCUGCAGCCGAGAGGGACGUGUACACCGGGGACGCCCUCAGGAUCUGUAUUGUGACCAAAGAGGGCAUCCGGGAGGAGACGGUUUCCCUGAGGAAGGACUGACGUGUGGGCUGUGCCUGGGCAUAUCAAGCAAAUCGGUUUUAUUAAAAAAGAAACGUGAAUUACUU